AUGCCACCGAAGAAGAUGCUGCAACAGAUGGAGGGGUAUCACCUCCCUAAAAAUGAUACCGAGGAAGCAGGCCUCGUUAAUAAAUGUGCAACAGAACAAAACCCGAACAAAACAUGCGCUGAAAGCUCAUACAAUAGUGCUACACAAAAUUGCCUUACACAAAAUGCUACAUAUGAUGCCGAUGCCUCAAAUGCCAAUGACUCAAAUGCCAAUGCCUCAAAUGCCAAUGCCAAUGCCUCCUAUCCCAAUGCCUCCUAUCCCAAUGCCUCCAAUGCCAAUGCCUCAAAUGCCAAUGCCAAUGCCUCAAAUGCCAAUGCCUCCUAUCCCAAUGCCUCCAAUGCCAAUGCCUCAUAUGCCAAUGCCAAUGCCUCAUAUGCCAAUGCCUUAAAUGCCAAUGCCUCAUAUGCCAAUGCCUCAUAUGCCAAUGCGUCAAAUGCCAAUGCCUCAUAUGCCAAUGCCUCGUAUGCCAAUGCCUCGUAUGCCAAUGCCUCGUAUGCCAAUGCCUCGUAUGCCAAUGCCUUAAAUGCCAAUGCCUCAAAUGCCAAUGCUCAAAAAGAUCAAAAUGCUCAAAAAGACCCAUAUGCCAAUGAGAACAAUGUCAGUGAUAACAAUGAUCCUGAAAGCUAUGACCCUGAUACUGACAUCAAUGAUCCAGAGAGUUAUGAUCAAGAUUUUGUUACCAAUGACCAUCAUACUGAUACAAAUGAGACUGUACAUGGUUCUUUCAAUCAAGGUCACACUAGAUUUGGAAAAAACAGUGGCAGACAGUGUGUAGCUAACAGUGCAAUGGCAAUGAUGUACAAUCAAAUUAAGGACAUUUCCACAUGGGACAGCUAUGAUCUUGACACAGUUCUUUGUAGAGGAAACAAACUUUAUGAAGAUUCUAUAAACCAGAGACAAUCAACUAGUCGUAGUGCAUACCUUCUUGUGUCAGAUAUUUGUCCAACAGUAGACUUCUUUGGCAAAGAAUAUAGAUUUGUGUCUGGCGAUUCUCUGAGUGGCUUUGUGAUGAAAGAUACUGAAGAAAUUGUUGAUAUUCCACAACAAAUGUGUCUCGAUGCUGCACUUCAAACAAUAUUUUCACAACAUGAUGCUACUUUUAUGACAUUUGGAGGAUCAACAUUUGCUGUGAUAGAAAGAAAUAACAAAUACCACGUGUUUGAUUCCCAUUCUCGGAACACUGAAGGAUUACAAGUCACUAAUGGCACUAGCAUACUUAUCCAAUACACAAGUCUGCUUCAGGUCUAUGAACACUGUUUCAAUCUUGCUCGGUCAAUGAACUUAAAUGCAAAUUCACAAUUUGAAAUGACAGGUAUGAGAAUUACCACUGGUGUAGAGCCACAUGACAACCGGUCUGACAAUGCGAGUGAUACCAAUGACAAUGAUGAUGUAGUGCAUAUUGAUGAACUCGAAGAGAACUCACAGGAUGUAGAGCCACAUGACAACCGGUCUGACAAUGCGAGUGAUACCAAUGACAAUGAUGAUGUAGUGCAUAUUGAUGAACUCGAAGAGAACUCACAGGAUGUAGAGCCACAUGACAACCGGUCUGACAAUGCGAGUGAUACAAAUGAGAAUGAUGAAGUAGUGCAUAUUGAUGAACUCGAAGACAACUCACAGGAUGUAGAGCCACAUGACAAUCAGUCUGACAGUGCGAGUGAUACCAAUGAGAAUGAUGAUGUAGUACAUAUUGAUGAACUCGAAGACAACUCACAGGAUGGUAGUGUGGAAAUGAUUGAUAUUGACACAAAUGUGACUGUACAUGGUUCUUUCAAUCAAGGUCACACUAGAUUUGGAAAAAACAGUGGCAGACAGUGUGUAGCUAACAGUGCAAUGGCAAUGAUGUACAAUCAAAUUAAGGACAUUUCCACAUGGGACAGCUAUGAUCUUGACACAGUUCUUUGUAGAGGAAACAAACUUUAUGAAGAUUCUAUAAACCAGAGACAAUCAACUAGUCGUAGUGCAUACCUUCUUGUGUCCGAUAUUUGUCCAACAGUAGACUUCUUUGGCAAAGAAUAUAGAUUUCUGUCUGGCGAUUCUCUGAUUGGCUUUGUGAUGAAAGAUACUGAAGAAAUUGUUGAUAUUCCACAACAAAUGUGUCUCGAUGCUGCACUUCAAACAAUAUUUUCACAACAUGAUGCUACUUUUGUGACAUUUGGAGGAUCAACAUUUGCUGUGAUAGAAAGAAAUAACAAAUACUACGUGUUUGAUUCCCAUUCCCGGAACACUGAAGGAUUACAAGUCACUAAUGGCACUAGCAUACUUAUCCAAUACACAAGUCUGCUUCAGGUCUAUGAACACUGUUUGAAUCUUGCUCGGUCAAUGAACUUAAAUGCAAAUUCACAAUUUGAAAUGACAGGCAUGAAAAUUAGCACUGAUAUACAGCCACAUGACAAUCAGUCUGACAAUGCAAGUGAUACCAAUGACAAUGAUGAUGUAGUGCAUAUUGAUGAGGAUGGUACAGUAGAUAUGAUUGAGAUUGACCAAAGUGAUGAUACGGCAUGUCAAACAAAUGAGAAUGAUCAAGAUGAUAUGAUGCACUUUGAUGAAUGUGACGACAACUCACAAGAUGGUAGUGUGAAAGAAACUGGGACUGACCAACAUGCAAUGCUAUUCUGCCCUGUAUCAUCAAAUGUAUGUGAACAGUUGUGCAAUAAGCUUGAUAUUCAACACCAAUGUGUAGCAAAGUCUCAAGAUCAUGAGUUUGGUGUAGAAAUUGAUGUACCAUGCAGAACAGUAUCCAUUGAAGGUGAUGGCAAUUGCUUUUUUAGAAGUCUUUCAUAUGCAAUCUCGGGCAAAGAAAACAACCACAGGAAAAUCAGACUGGCUGUUGUGACACACCUAAAAGCACAUGCUGAAAGUUUCCAUCACUUCUUAAGACCAGGUUACGAGUCAGUUGAACAAUACAUUUCUCAAUCCAGAAUGUGGUAUGUUGGAACAUGGGCUACAGAACUUGAAAUACUUGCAGCUGCAAAUCUACUGGGCACUGACAUAUGCACAUACUCUGAUAACAGAUGGCUGAGAUAUUCAAGCAGGCAGUUAAACUCAGACACAGUGAACACAGGAACAGGCAUAUAUCUAAAUCAUGUUGGUGGAUCACAUUAUGAAGUGGUUGUUUGUGUGAACACAGUAGAUGCUUUGAGAAACUCAUGUACAGACAAAUAUUGUCAGAGACAUAUGAAUCUCAAGAGAAAUGUUGACCAGCGAUGUGUAGAUUUGCUGAAUGACAGACAGUCAGUCUUGAAAAAACAAAAAUGUACUGAUUCUAAAGAAAAGACACCUGAUCACAGACAAACUAAAAAACCAAAAGGAAAGUAUGCACAGGCAAAAGCUAAAAGAGAAUAUAUGAGGGCCAAAAGAAAAUUAGAGAAAGAUAAUUCUGAAACAUUGAAUUUGAAUGUGAAACAGAGAAGACUUGCAAAAGAGAAUGAAAAGUACAACACUGACCCUGAUUUCAAGAACAGAAAGAAACUGCAAAGUUCAAAUAAAUACAAAGAUGAUGAAGCACACAGGGAAUUUGUCAAAAUGUACAGUACUAACAAAUAUGCCACAGUCUAUGAACACAGGGAAACAGUAAAAGCUUACAGCAGUGAGAAAUAUGCCACAGAUUCAAAACACAGGGAAGAUGUUAAAACUCACAGCAGUCAGAAAUAUGCCACAGAUUCAAAACACAGGGAAGAUGUUAAAACUCACAGCAGUCAGAAAUAUGCCACAGAUUCAAAACACAGGGAAGAUGUUAAAACGUACAGCAGUCAGCAAUAUGCUAAAGAUGCAAAGCACAAGGAAGCUCUAAAAUAUCAAAGUACUGAGAAAUAUGCUAAAGAUGCAAAGCACAGGGAAAAUGUAAAAACCAACAGUAUUGAGAAAUAUGCAAAUGACACAAAACACAGAGAAUCUGUUAAAUCAGCAAGCAUUGCCAAGUACAAAACUAACGCUGAACACAGAGCUAAUUUGAAAGAGAGACAAUCUGCCAGGGUUAUGCAAUUCAAAAAAGAAAGGAAAAUAAUGGAAAAUGUUACACAAUCCUUUGCCAAAAACAUAUCUGAAGGUCCAGAAUUUGUGUGCUCGGUGUGCCAUCGAAGACUUUUCAAAAAACAAGUUGUACAAUGUAAAAGAACAGUAUAUGAAAACAAAGGAAGUACUAUUGCCACUGUUGCUGAGAGAUGCAUCACAGAAAAUUACCUACACAGGUGCUCAGACAGUUGUGAUGACCAAUGUUCAUUUGUCAAUAGUCCUGAAGGCACAUUAUGGAUUUGCUAUACCUGUCAUAGGAAACUUUUGUCUGGUAAAAUGCCUGGAGAAGCUGUUGUUAACAACCUUGAACUGACCCCUGUUCCUAUGCAACUUCAAUGUCUCAAUGAACUAGAGCAGCACUUGAUUGCCUUGAAUAUCCCUUUCAUGAAAAUGAUGGCAUUACCAAAAGGUGGACAACAUGGCGUACACGGACCUGUAGUAUGUGUUCCUUCUAACAUUCAAAAAAGCACCAGUUUCUUACCAAGAAGUGAUGUAGAUGAUCAGAUGAUUAGAGUGAAACUGAAAAGGAAGAUUACUUACAAAGGCCAUUAUCAAUAUCAGUUUGUCAACAAGGCUCAUGUUAAAAAUGCUUUGGAAUAUCUUCAAACAACUAACAAAUGGUACAGGGAUGUGAAUUUUAAUACAGAAUGGGUCAAUCCCUUGCCAGUUAUUGAUGAGGAAGAUGAAAUUAUUGAUUCUGAUACUGAAACAUUACCCGAGGUUGAAAAGGAUAGCUCAAACACACCAACUAAUGAAAAUGAAGAGUCUGAGAAAGAUCAUGGAUUACUCAUGAAUACAUGUCUACAACCACUUGAUAUUGGCCAAGAAGUUAUGGAUCAACAUUUUGAUAAGAUAACCUGUGUUGCACCUGCUGAGGAAAAUAAUCCUGUUCGACUACUGACAGACAAAAGCAAUGAAGCAAGGUCAUUUCCUGUACUGUUUCCAUCAGGGUCCCCUACAUUCCAUGAUGAUCGUGAAGAGAGAAUUACACUUGCACGUUAUCUACAUACACGCCUCAUGAAUGCUGAUAGUAGAUUUGCUCGAAACACUGACUACAUAUUUUAUGCACAGUAUCUUUCUGAAAUUGAUCAAGUUAUGUCAAAUGUUUCCAUUGCAAUGCGAAAGGGAUCACAGUCACAUGGUAAAAAUGUUUCAUCUGAAAAUCUUACAGAUUCUGAUUCUCUGAGAGAGAUAUUAAAAUGUGAUGAAGGCUACAAGUUCUUGAAACCUAUCAGAGGAACUCCACCAUACUGGCAGUCUGCUCAGAAAGAUUUAUUUGCUAUGAUAAGACAACUAGGUAUUCCAACUUGGUUUUGUUCUUUUUCAUCAGCUGAUAUGAGAUGGCCAGAAAUGAUUGAAACGAUACUCAGAGAAUCCGGUGAUACACGCAAAGCCACUGAACUUGACUGGUCUGAAAAAUGUUCUAUACUAAGGAAAAAUCCAGUGACAGCAGCCCGAAUGUUUGACCAAAGAUUCCAUUGCUUCUUGAAAGAGGUUAUCAUGUCACCAGCUGAACCAAUUGGAAAGAUAAAAGAUUACUUUUAUCGUGUAGAAUUCCAGCACCGUGGUUCCCCUCACACUCACUGUCUUUUCUGGGUUGAAAAUGCUCCAAAGGUUGAUGACGAUAAUGAUGAGUCAGUAACAUCUUUCGUUGAUAAAUAUGUCACAUGUGAUAUGCCUUCAGUUGAGAAUGAUGAAGAAUUGUUUGAUAUUGUCAACAGUGUACAAAAACAUAGUAAAAGACAUUCAAAGUCAUGCAAAAAAAAUGGCACAACCUGCAGAUUCAAUUUUCCACGUCCUCCAAGCAAUGAAACUUUCAUAUCACGAGCAGGAGGUCUUGACAAUAAACCAAAAGAUGUUGUGCCCAAAACCUUGAAACAGUGCUGUGAAGAUCUUUUCAAUAUGAAAUUUAUGUCCAUACCAGAUGCUCAAAGAAUUUUGAAACUGAUUUGGCAAGGAUUAACAAAUGAUGAGCAAACAUUUGAGUCAGUUGAUGCAUUGUUCUCUGCCAUUGGUAUUUCGCAAGACAUAUUUCAACUAGCAUGUGAUACUCUAUCCAAAAAGACAAAUGUUGUGAUGAAACGCAAUCCCAAUGAUGUAUGGGUCAAUCAGUACAAUGCAGAUCUGCUCAGAUGUUGGAAUGCGAACAUGGAUAUUCAGUACAUAGUUGAUGCCUACUCUUGUGUUGUCUACAUCAUUUCAUAUAUCUCAAAGGCAGAAAGAGAAAUGGGAUUACUGUUGAAUCAUGCACAAACAGAAGCAAAUAAGGAUAACUCUGAUGCAAAAUCUGCUCUCAAGAAACUUGGUGCUGUAUACCUACACAAUAGAGAAGUGAGUGCUCAGGAAGCUGUCUUUCGAGUUUGCAAUUUGAGAUUGAAGGAAGGAUCACGUAAAGUACAGUUCAUUCCAACCGUAGACCCUGUCAGAAUGAGUUUGCCUCUGAAAACCCUACAGAACAAACGAAAGAGUGGUGAACUAGAUGAAGAUGAAAUGUGGAUGACAAGCAUUGUUGAUCGAUACAAGAGCAGACCCAAAGGUGACGAGUUUGAUAACAUGUGUCUUGCAACGUUUUGCUCAGAAUACAGAGUGCUACCAAAAUCUGAAGUAUCAAAUGUUUCUGAUGACAAACGCCGUAGUCCAUUAGUAACAUUGCAAAAUGGCCUUGGUCAUGUGAAAAAACGUACUCGGACUGAUGCAGCAGUUAUCAGAUAUGCUAGAUUUUCACGUACAAAGAAUCCAGAAAAACACUAUCACAGUAUAUUGCAGUUAUUCUUGCCAUACACGUUUGAUGCACAAUUAAAACCACCCGCAUUCAAUUCGUAUGAAGAGUUCUAUGAAACUGGUGCUGUUCAGAUUGAGAACUGUCCUUUGGAAACUGUGAAAGAGAUUGUUGACAGAAACAAAGCAAUGUUUGAGAAAGAUGGUGAUGUUAUUGAUGAAGCAGAGGAAUUGUUUGACAAAACAGGUCAAUUGGAAGAUGCUUGGGCUCAAAUCUGUCCAGAAACUGAAUCUGAAAGAAUAGCAUGUGAAGGUGAACACACUUGUACGACCGAUGAGGAAAGUGAAAGUGAAACUGCUAUGAACAUGCCUGAUUUGCUACUGAAGGAUAACACAUUAUCAAAAACAGAGGUACUUCAGAGUACAAUGUCAAGACAAAAAGCAGAAACUAUUCUGAGAUCAAUGAAUGAGGAACAAGCUGAGGUUUUCUAUAAAAUAAGACAAUGGUGUUUGGAUAAAAGGAACGGCAAAAAUCCUGAUGCAUUUAAUCUAUUUCUGACUGGUGGAGCUGGUACUGGAAAGAGCCAUUUGAUCAAGGCAAUUUGCUAUGAAUGCACUAGACUGCUAGCCCCAAUGCAAAAUAAUCCAGAUGAUAACUGUGUACUUUUGGUAGCUCCAACCGGAAUUGCAGCAUUUAACAUACAUGCUUCCACGAUACACAGUGCACUCUCAAUUGGAAUUGAUGCAAAACUGCCAUACCAGCCACUUGGUGAGGAAAAGAUCAAUAGUCUGCGAGCAAAGCUGCAAGGUAUCCAUAUACUAAUCAUCGAUGAAAUAUCAAUGGUUGAUCACAAGCUGUUAUCAUACAUUCAUGGUAGAUUGAGACAGAUCAAACAAACUGCUGAUUAUUCACCAUUUGGAAAUGUAUCUGUAAUUGCUGUUGGAGACUUUUAUCAGUUAUCACCUGUUAAAGGAACACCAUUGCAUGUUGCCAAAAAUGGAUAUGACCUGUGGAAUGAUAAUUUUUCUAUCGCAGAAUUGACAGAGAUCAUGAGACAAAAGGACCCUGCAUUUGCACAACUUCUGAAUCGGUUACGAACACGAAAAAAGUCAGACCCUCUAGAAACAAGAGAUAUACAUAUGCUCAAACAACAAGAAACUGGUGAAGAUGAUCCAGAAAGCAUUCACAUUUUUGCAACAAAUGCUCAGGUUGAUGAAUACAAUAUUGCUGCUCUUCAUUCUAAAUGCUCAGAUCCAAUUUGUAUUGAUGCUCAAGAUUUCUCACGAAAUGCAAAAACAGGGAAACUUGAAAAGAGAGAAAUACCUCAUGGAAAAGUUCAUAACUCAGUCUUACAAAAAAGUCUCAAUGUUGCAAUUGGUGCGCGUGUGAUGAUCACAAAGAAUAUUGAUACAUCAGAUGGUCUUGUGAAUGGAGUCUUUGGAACUAUAAGCCACAUAUCUUUGACUGAUGGUGAAACAUUUCCUUCAAAAAUACAUAUCGUGUUUGACAAAAUUGAUGUUGGUCAGAAAUUACGAAGAAUGGAAGGCACUGCAUCUGAAUUAGAUCCUAACAGUACUCCUAUUAAGCCACAAGAAGAAACUGUUUCAAACAAUGGAAGCAUUAGACGACAAUUUCCACUCAAACUAGCCUGGGCUUGCACCAUACACAAAGUACAAGGGAUAACUGUUAACAAAGCUGUUGUUUCAUUACACAAGGUAUUUGCUGCAGGACAAGCUUAUGUAGCACUAAGUCGAGUAUCUUCUCUUGAUGGUCUUAUCAUUCAGAAUUUCAAAGAAUCAGUGAUAUACAGCAGUGCAAAGGUUGAAGCAGCAGUGUCUAGUAUGCCUAAGUUCCUGACAAGAAAUCAGAGAAUCAAUGAUGGUCAUCCAACAUGCAAGCUGAUUAUGCAAAACAUUGAGGGCCUUCAAUCACACUUUAAAGAUCUGCAGAAUGACAAGAGGUUUUGUGAGGCUGAUUUCAUUUGCUUGACAGAAACAUGGUUAUCUGAUUCACAUCCAGCUGAUGAAACAAAACUUGAUGGAUUUACGUUACAUCAUAAAUCCAGAUCACAGUGUUAUGAAUCAUCUGAACCAAUACUGAUGGAAUUGAAAAAUCAAAGACAUGGUGGUGUUGGAGUUUAUUCUAGUGAAGUCAAAGCAUGUGAAUUUACUCAGUUACCAGUAUCUAAUUUGGAGUAUCUGUGCAUGUACGUCAUGGAACUACAAGCUCAUGUUGUUGUUAUCUACAGGCCAAAUUCAUACACAGUUGAUAUUUUCAGAAAGCAUAUGCUAAAACUUGUUCAAGAACUUGAUAAACAUUCUGGUCGAUCCAUUAUCAUGGGUGAUUUUAAUGAAAAUAUCUUGUCAUCAUCUUCAAUACAAACUAUGAUGGAAUCAAAUGGUUUUACACAGAUAGUUUCAGAGCCUACUACUGAAGGUGGAACGCUUCUUGACCAUGUAUAUGUGAAAGGACUUGAGAAUGUAUCUGUUCAGAUUCUUCCUACAUACUUUGGGUAUCAUGAAGCUAUUGAAAUCAAAUUAUGA